AUGAAACCACUGUAUUUAGUCUUGGGCCUUUGGAUUCUUGGAGGAUGUUUCCUGUCUGGUGAGUGUCACAGAGGCCCCGGAGGACGGCAUGAUCCUAGAGGACCACCACCUCCUCCUCCCCGUCCCUUUGGUCCAGGAUUUGGUAGACCACCUCCUCCUCCUCCCUUUGGUCCAGGAUUUGGUGGACCACCUCCUCCUCCCUUUGGUCCAGGAUUUGGUGGACCACCUCCUCCUCCCUUUGGUCCUGGAUUUGGUAGACCACCCCCUCCUCCCUUUGGUCCUGGAUUUGGUAGACCACCCCCUCCUCCUCCCUUUGGGCCAUAUCCACCUGCACAACCCAGACCUCCAACCAAUCCUCCUCUCACUCCACCUCCUCCCCCAAUACAAGCAAAUAUAACACCUAGUGCCAAUAUAUCCUUAACUACGGCUGCUGCCUCAAAUGCCACUGAUGAUUUUCUGAGCUGGUGGCAAAGAUUAAUUUCUGCUUGGCAGCAAGGAUGA